AUCGACCAAUUGAUCAAAUAAAAAAAGACAUCAUUAUCAUCACACACAAUGGCAGGACUAAAUUUCGAAAACUACCAAAGAAAUUCAUACUUGUCCACCAAGGGGUUCGCCACACCAAGGGCCACUUCUACAGGUACCACCAUUGUCGGAUGCAAGUUCCCGGGUGGAGUAGUGAUUGCUGCCGACACCAGAGCUACUUCAGGACCUAUCGUCGCCGAUAAGAAUUGUGAAAAGUUACACAGGUUAGCACCCAAGAUCUGGUGUGCUGGUGCCGGUACAGCUGCCGAUACCGAAAUGGUUACGCAAUUGAUUGCAUCCAAUUUGGAAUUGCAUGCGCUCUCCCAGAAUAGAGAACCUCGUGUCAUAACAGCAUUGACGAUGUUGAAACAACACUUGUUCAAGUAUCAGGGCCAUUUGGGUGCAUAUUUGAUUUGUGCAGGUGUAGAUCCUACUGGAGCCCACUUAUUGUCGGUUCAAGCCCAUGGGUCCACUGACAUUGGGAAGUACCAAUCCUUGGGUUCCGGUUCUUUAGCUGCUAUGGCGGUAUUGGAAACUAAUUUCCGAGAAGAUUUAACAAAAGAAGAGGCAAUUAAGUUGUGUGCUGAUGCAAUUGAAGCGGGUAUUUGGAACGAUUUGGGUUCCGGUUCCAAUGUCGAUGUGUGUGUUAUGGAAGUUGGCAAAGAUGCCGAAUUGUAUAGAAAUUAUCUCACUCCGAAUGUGAGAUCGCAAAAGGCUAGAUCGUACAAGUUUGCUCCUGGAACCACUGCCAUUUUAAGAGAGAGCGUCCGCGAUAUCUUGGACGUCGAAGAGACUGUGGUAUCAUUUGACCAAAUGGAAGUUGACACAGAGGCAUAGUGGCGUGGUAUGUGAAUAUAGAUAUACAUAUAUACAUAUAUACAUACGCAAAUGAACGAAGCGUUAAACCAUAUAAAGUAUCCGUCCUGCAUAUAACCCCGGUUUUCUAGAUUGUUCCAUAGUAGCAAUAUAUAAAUAUGGCCGCGAGCCCUUGUUGAAAAUUUUACAACAUUCCUUCCCUCCUCCCCCAUAUAAAACAACAAACAAUGGUUGUCAACAAUCCUAACAACUGGCACUGGGUCGAUAAGAACUGUCUUCAAUGGUCCAACGACUAUUUCAAGGAAAAAUUAACCAACCUUACCGUAUCAGAAGGGAAAUAUACAUGCACCAUUGACGAAGUAUCUUCUGUGGAAGGAGACGUAGACGUCUCUCAAAGAAAGGGAAAAGUUAUUUCGUUAUUUGAUAUCAGAAUCGUGUUACGUUUCCAAGCCAAGAUUGACAAAGAGCCAGUUAGUGGAUCAAUCACGAUUCCGGAAUUGGCAUUUGAUAGUGAUUCUGACGGAUUACAAUUCGAUAUCAGUAUCUACAAUGAACACAGCGGAAACACCGAGAUCAGCAGUUUUAUUAAGAAGGCAUUGUUGCCUAAGUUGCGAGAUAUAUUGAUGCAAUUUGGUCCUGAUUUGAUUGAGACCAAUAGCAAGGAUAUCCAAUUGCCUUCAGACAACGUAAAUUCGACUUUUACUAAGGCUAACCAGGAAGCUUCGGUACACCAUAAGGAAGAAGCGCCAGUGAAGGCUUCUUCAACCGCAACCGCAACCGCAACCGCAAAACAGACCGUCCCUGCCAAAUCUACUUCCCAACCAAAGGCCGCUGCCAGUUCAUCCAUUCCAAAGUAUAACACAUCCACCCUUCACUUGGAACCUACCUUCAACACCACUGCUGAACAAUUGUACAUAACCUUGUUGGAAGAAUCAAGAAUCGCCGCAUGGACCAGGGCAUAUCCAUUCAUUGAAAGGUUCCCACCCAGCGAAGGAUCAACAUUCAAGUUCUUUGGUGGACUGGUGUCUGGGAAAUUCUUGAAAUUAGUACACAAUGAACGUAUUGUGCAAUUAUGGAGAUUGGAUGAUUGGAAAGAAGGUCAUUUCGCCGAGUUAGACAUUCAAAUCGUCCAGGGACAAAGUGAAACUAAACUCGUGGUUAAAUUCACCGGUAUCCCUAUCGGCGAAGAAGAUAGAGUCAAGGGUAACUUUGAAGAAAUGUAUGUACGUGCCAUCAAGAUUAUCUUUGGAUUCGGAGCAGUUUUAUAGAAUUUAAUAAAUACGGCUAUAUUGUUCCGUGAGGAAAUAUUUCAUCUAGUGUAAGGUUGGGGUGUUUGUUUAGGCCGAUUAUGUACAAUUCUCGCAGCUCAUCUCGACUGGCCUUCGGUACCAUCAAGUGAACUCGCUUAAACAUGAUUUCCAUCAGUUCUUUCAAGAGUUUAUCUUGUUUUCCGGAAAAGUACUUCAUGACAAGAGAUCCACCUGGCCGCAAGAGAUUAUGCGCGAGGAUUAUUGCUCCCGAGCAAAGAUCCAUACUGGCGAAAUGAUCAGCAUCCUUCAUUCCUGAUGUGUUUGCCAUCAUGUCACUUAUUAUAAGGUCGACCGGGUGCGACGGUACUGACAGCACUUUCUUUGACUCGGCAGAUUCGUGAGUAGCGAUUUCCUCGGAUACGCCUGCAAAAUGGUCUCUAAUCUUGUCAUGGGUAGACUGUUUCAACAUAUCGCCCUGGAUCAAGGUCGUCCCCACUGGAGGAGCAUACCUGAGCAAAUCAACCCCGAGUAUGUCUGCCUUUACAUUCUUGGUUCGUUCAACUGCCACUUGAGUCCAUGCACCUGGAGCCGACCCCAAGUCUACAAUAUUGAUGGCUUUCUUAAACAAGCGAUACUUUUGAUCAAUCUCUAUGAGUUUGUAUGCGGCUCUUGAUCUAUAGAAAUCCGUCUUGGAUUGUUGGGUGUAUAUAUCCUUGGACUUUCUCGCCAACCAUAAUGUUGAUGACUUGCCAGACUUGUAGCGAACUUGCAAGAACGGUCUUAUUGCGUUGUUGUAUAUGCAAUGACUCACCAUAUCCUGGUAGCUGAUUCGCAGAUC